CGCUGCACGCGGGCGGAAGCGGUGGGGCAGCAGUGGCAGCAUGGCGCGGCGGGAGCCGGUCUCUGACUCCGGCUCGGACUCGGAGGACUCCUCUCUCUCGGACUCGGAGCUGCAAGAGGCCUUCUUGAGGGGCGAGCUGAAGCCGGGGCUCAACGUGGUGCUCGAGGAGCGGCCGAAGCGGCGCAACGAUGCGGAAGGCCUGAAGCAGUGCCUGUCCGAAUUCAGGCAGCAGCUGGCUUGGGUGGAAAGGCUCGAUGUGACUUUGGGCCAGGUCGUGGACCCUGUCUCACAGAGUGCUUCUAACAAAGACACCGUUGACCCUGAGAAUGAUUUCCAGAGAGAGAUGAGCUUUUACCGGCAGGCUCAGGCAGCGGUCCUGGAAGCCCUACCAAGGCUGCGUAAGCUCCAAGUUCCUACUAGAAGGCCGGAUGAUUACUUUGCAGAGAUGGCCAAAUCAGACCAACAGAUGCAGAAGAUUCGACAGAAGCUGAAGAGUAAACAGGAAGCAAUGGAGAGGUCUGAGAAAGCAAAACAGCUCCGUGCAAUGAGAAAAUAUGGCAAGAAGGUGCAAACUGAGAUUCUGCAGAGAAGACAAAAGGAGAAAAAGAAUAUAUUGAAUGCAGUCAAGAAAUACCAGAAAGGUUUGUCUGACAAGCUGGAUUUCCUAGAUGAAGAGCAGACAUCAUCUCAGGGGCAUAAAAAAGGAAAUGCAAAUCAACGGACAAAGAAGGGACCAAAUGCCAAAAGACGAUACAAGAAUCAGAAGUUUGGUUUUGGUGGGAAGAAGAAGGGCUCAAAGUGGAACACAAAGGAGAGUUUUAAUGACGUAUCCAGCUUCAGUUCAAAAGUGGCUCACAACAAGGGCCCAGGAAAAGCAGGAAAAGGAGGAAAAAAAGCCCUGAAUAAGAGACCUGGAAAGAGGGCAAGGCAGAAAAUGAAGAGCCGGGCACGCUAAGAGGACUCUGCUCCCCUGUGGGGUUUCGAUGUUUCUGUGUUGCAAGACGUGUUUCUGCUGUCAUCAAACAGCUAACCAUGGAGCAAGCUGGAUGCUUCCACAUGGCAAGAAGAAAAGUCAGUGGAAACUAGUGCCUUAUCACUAAUUUCUUCUUACUGUCUGUUUUGUGGAAGGAUUGUUUUGUACUUAAACCUAUGGUGUGUGAACGCAUUAAAUGCUUUGCACAGAACUAAGUCUAACUCAUGUGUAGCUGUGUUACGAAUGGUUGCUGAACCCUGACAGCUUUUUCCACAGCUAUUGCCGACAUGUGCUUGGUGAACUUGAAUCUUGGGUCAUGUUGAUGGUCAGAAUGAGAAGUCUGAAGCCUGUCAAGAUGUUGAAGUGUUUUUUAGACUAUAUGGAUGGGUUUGGAAACAGCAGCGAGACAAAUGCGGCAAUCUUACAAACAGGUUUAUUUCUGUAACUAUUGUCAGGCUGCAACUCUGGACAGACUGAGGUUCUUUCUUCCCUUUUCUCGCUAUUUUGUCUUGCCAGAAAUGUACCAGACUCACCUAAUAAUAAGCAGGGCAUAAAAUGUUAGAAGUCAUUAAGUGCUUCUAUCUAAGUUGUGUGGCAUUGCCACUCUACUACUGCAGGUUCUCAGACUGCUGCUCCCCAUUGCACGUGGCAGCCAUUUAUUUAGUGACCUCAGUUUUCCGGCGUGGGAAGUAGAAUCUGCAAUCGGUACGGUCCAUAGGGACCUGGGAAAGAAAAAUGAUGAAUAGGCACAUGCUUUUACUAGAAUUAGUGAUAGUAGUAGUCCCUCUUGAGAAGAGUGAUACAUGGUGUUCUUGCUGCCCAGAAAUGCCCAAGUGACAAACAGGAUACUGCUUAUUUGAGAAUAUACUGUUCACUGCUUCGUUAUGGUAGAGCCUGGUGAAAAAGGAAAACUUAAUGUAUGAAACAGCAUCAUGAGUCCUGACUCUCAAUUUAAUUUACUUCUCUACAUAUGAUUUUAGUUGCCAACAUGAAUUUCCUGCCAGUCUAAUCGUACUAGCAGUAUCUAGAAGCAUAAAGCCCUGCUGGGAUGUCUGUCUCUAGCCUUGUCAUGAGUAAUUAGUUUAUCUGAAGUACAAUAUGAAAAGUUGCAGAAGACUGUCUUAUUUUCUCAUUUAUACUGGUUUUCCUCUUAACAAGCCAAAAUUAAUCAGGCCUACAUUUGCCUUUCUCAAAACAUGAAUCUACAGUCAGUCAUUGUCACAGCUAUUCAUUUGUCAGAUAUGGUUGAUGUCUCAGCUUGUUAAUAAGAUUUCUUUUCCUCCUGUUUAUUCACACUUCCCCAAAUGAAUCCUCGCUGGUGUAUUCUGCCUCAGGUAUACUUAGCUGAUGAUGAAUUUUAUGGUUGUGCUUGCAAUUUGUUUGUACAGCAGCACAUUUCUUUUCACAGUACUUAUGUAUGUCACUUCACAUUGCUCACUCUGCCAUUUCUUGUGGCUGAAGGCUUUAAUAAACACCCAUGACUAUG